AUGAGUUUUGAUAAUUCGUCAAAACUCCUCAGAUUUGCGGCCAAAGUAGUGGUCAAUAUAGUUCUACAGGUAAACACUUCAAACGUGAAUGUCUUAACCAGUUUGUUAGUUUUAGAGUGGGAGAGACGGUUACAUAAAUCCUCCAUACCUUACAAUUGAAUACGAUGACUCAUCGGAAAAGAUUCUGGAAAGUAGUUUGGAAGUAGUUUACCACAAGGAUCCAUCCGGAUAUGACCAGAAACUUGUCAUUUUCCUGUCCGUUCUGAUUCCGCUCUCCGUAUUUUGUUCGGCCGUUUGUGCGUACAGUUGGGGACGUCGACAAGGCAAACCUUCGGCAGUGGAUGCCUCUUCCAUCCUUUACUUUUGGGUUUGUGAGGUCUCCAUGCUUGGCGACGUCUUUUUUGGCCUCUUUUGUAUUAUCGCUUGCUGGAUGACUUUUGCAUACAAAAACCAAACAAACAUAGUGUACAAUGUCCUCACCGCUGAACAGGAGAGUUCAUUGUUCCAUUACAUCAUUGCCGCUCUCUGUCUGAAGUUUGUUGGAUUGCUGUUCACAAUGACUGCAUUAGUCUUCCAAGAAACUUUCUUUAUCGAUUGGGAAGGACAGAAGCUGAGACAGGUGAGUUAGCCAAAAGAAUCAUCAGCCUUAUCAUGGUUUUCAGAGUGAUGAUCACGAUAUUCUUCUCUCCCGGGAUAUUGAAAAGUCAUCAGUAGCCGAGCCGAUGGUUGUGUGGAGAACGUAUUUGAUUGCGAAUGAGUGGAAUGAGCUGCAGCAGUUCAGAAAGUCUUCGUUGGCUCUGCAGGCCAUUCUAAUGACUCUUUUGAUGGAAUACUUCCAGUUCAAAAACUAUGCAUUGAUUGAACCGAAAUUUACAAGAAGUAAGUCGAUUUUAAUUCUUUUUCGAUCACUGGCAUUGAUAAUUUAGACGGUAUCGAUUCGUUGACAACUCAGCCAACUCUGAUGAGCUCCUUGGCUGUGACAAUGUUUACUUACCUGACCCUUGCUUUGAUUCAAGUCCUUGCUCAAGUUUUGGUGGUCGAAAGAGUGAUAACAGAUCCAUUCCAUAACUUUGUGGAUCUGUGUUCAAUUUCAAACAUAAGGUAAUUGACGUUCAUAAUUUGAUUGCACUCACAAAUAUCUUCAGUGUUCUUUCCCUGACUCACUCACUUUUUGGAUAUUACAUUCACGGUAGGUCAGUUCAUGGAAAAGCCGAUACUGGAAUGAACGAAAUGAAUGAAUUCUUGCAAAGAGAAAGAGUACGUUAA